GUAUAAUUUGGCUAAUUUGUAUGUAUUUUAGGCAAUAUUAAAAAUGAGUUCACCAGCUAUACCUAUUAUCGUUGUCUCGAUUAUUUGGGCUACCGUUGGUAUUGUUUUACCAUUUUUUGUACGUGGUCAGAACAAACAAGUGAUUCAAGUUAGUUUGGUCCUAACCGCUGUUUGUUGUUGGUUGUUUUGGCUUUGCACGUAUUUACAUCAAUUAAAUCCUUUGAUUGGACCUGAAUUAAAACCAGAAGAAGCUAUUGCUGUUUUGAAGCAAUGGGGAGGUAGAUCAGACUAGAUGAUGGAAAACUUGGUUUAUUGAAAUUUUGCACGCUAACAAUUUAUCUGUAUUAUUACUUAUUAAUUUUGUAUACUUAUCGAAGACGUGACCAGCUCCUGAAUAUUUAGCUAAAUAUUGAUUGAUUUAAAUGAUUUUUUUAUUAUUAUUCCAUCUAAAUAAUUAAGUAGUUAUUUUUAUUUUAAUGUAUGAGAUCGUAUUGCUAAAUCAAGAUUUUCCCAAUGUCGUA